AUGCCCUCGCCAAUGCUCGCCGACUACUUACAGAGACGUGAUAAACUUAUCGCAGAGGAUCGCGCGUUGCGAAUAGACCGUGUUCGUGCGAAUUAUUCCAUGGCCGAACUCAAGGCAGACGAAGUCGUGCGCUCCAUCCGUGCCAAAGAAGCCGUCUCCUUUUGGGGAGUUGAUCACGAGAACGUCCUUCACCCAUACCCCGGGAUGGAGUUCCUGAAUGCCAAAGAAAUUAUUGUCAAGACAGAUCUCUACAGUAAAAUAGUCUCCAAAAUGCCAAAGGGCGGACUGUUGCAUUUGCACCAGAACGCCUCGGUGGAGGCCAGAACGCUGCUUGAUCUGGCACUAGGUCAUCCCGCGAUACAUAUCCGUGUUCCGGGUCCGUUAGACGCGGCUUCUCUCGAAACCGUACUACCCAAGAUCCAGCCGAUUCCAGUGGAACAGUAUCCUGCUGCCAAUGCAAUUGGUAUCACGGAUAUUUUAUACACCGGCGGCUGGGUUCCUAUCAAGAAGGCGCGAGAGCUCUUCGAUCCUGCACUAGGCGGUCCUGCUGGAUUUGAUAAGUGGGUGCUUAGCGCCUUUGUGAUCAAUCCCAAUGAUGCGUUUAAGACGUACAAUACGCCGAUGAAAAUCUGGCAGAAGUUUGGGAGUACCUUUGCCGUGACCGAUCCCAUCAUCCGAUUUGUGCCGAUUCAAAAGGAAUACUUGCGGAUUUUCUUUAACAAAUAUAUACUUGCAGAGGACGCCAAGACUAAACUUGAAAUACGUGAACUACUCUUGAUAAUUCAAGAGGUCACGAACGAAAUGAAAGCGGAAAUGAAGGCAAAAGGCCGAGAAGACGAUUUCGCCGGGUUGAAGAUUAUCUAUACUACCCUGAGAAUUAUUUCCCCUGAGGGAUUGGAAGCAGAACUAGAUCAGUGCAGCAGAUUCAAGCAGGAAUUUCCGGACCUUAUUGCUGGCAAGUCUCGAUUUGAUCUUGUGGGCCACGAAGAUGGAGCAGAGUGUAAACCACUAAUUUAUUACGCAGAGCCGCUUCUGCGUUUCGCGGAGCAGCAUCCGGACAUUCCAUUCAUCUUUCAUGCCGGUGAAACUCUGGGCGAUGGCUCUGCGGCGGAUAUGAACCUGUAUGAUGCCAUUCUACUUGGAACAAAGCGUAUCGGACACGGCUUUUCACUAGCCAAGCAUCCCAAAUUAAUGCAAAUUUGUCGAGAGAAGAAAAUAGCAAUUGAAGUCUGCCCUAUAUCAAAUGAAGUGCUACGUCUCACCUCAUCGAUGCCUAUGCAUCCCCUCCCGAUAAUUAUGAACCAAGGCAUUCCUGUAGUACUGUCUUCCGACGAUCCUGCAAUGUUCAAUAGCAUGGGGUUGUCCUUUGAUUUCUUCCAGGUACUAGUAGCAAGUGAAGUUACAGGACUCCUUACUCUUGGCCAGAUGGCCCGUGACAGCAUUACUUAUUCCAUGCUCGAUGAACGCAGCAAGCGCACGGCUAUGGAUGCAUGGGAAAGACGGUGGACCAAAUUCGUAGAAGAGGUUGCGGCGAUGAAUCCAUGA